UCUCCCAACGCGGAAGCCUCUAGCCGGAACAGAAGGGAGGGCCCGAGCCCGGGGCCCGAGUAUGGAGCCUGUCUCUCGCUGGACUUCCCAGACGGUGCUGGCUUGGAUCCGAGGUUUGGAUCCAGCAUUACAAGCUUACCCCGUGGAGACAUGGGAGUUGACUGGGAAGAGGCUGCUCAGGUUAUCCUAUCGGGAUUUGGAGAAUCUAGGCGUGAGCUGCAUCGGCCACCAGGAGCUCCUCCUGGAAGCUGUGGAACAGCUUUGUGUCUUGAACUAUGAGCUGACCACCUCCAACCUGAGGACACUCACCGAGAAGCUGCAAGGGAUCAUUCGGACGAUCGAGGUCUGCAUUCUGAGUCGCAGGAAAGUGAGCACUUAUCACGGAGCGGCUACUGAAAAGUCCAGCGUGGAUCUCCUGGCAUCUGUGGUGGAGCUGAUCAGUGCUGCUAAAGGCCUCUUUUUAUGGCUGAACAGGUAUCUCUUCUCCCACCUGCAUGAUUAUUCAGCCAGCCGAGACAUCAUCUGGCUUUGUGGUGAUCUGGCAGAGACUGUGCAGAAGGAGUGCACUGUAUCCGAAAGAGAGGACCAAAUUUUGUUGAUCGGAAGACACAUUUCUGGAAUCUGUGAGCAUAUCUUGCACUGCAGCCCAGCGAACCUCCUAGAUCAAACAGCCACCUUGGAAACGGUGGAACUUGAACCUGCAGGUCCAGAAGAUAAUUUGGGCCUAGAGAUUAAGUCCUUGCCCUCCUGUCUCCAUUUGAUAUCGGGGACUGCCCGAGAGAUUCCUGUUGACCAGUGCAGCAAGGUCUUCCCAGGUGAUGAAAUAGUCCAAGUCAAUGACCAGGUGGUGGUGGGUUGGACCCGGAUGAAUCUCGUGAAGAAGCUUCUAGAAUCCAGUCGAGUGACUCUGGUGCUGAAGAAAAUCCCACUGGUUUCUUCGGAGUCUCCUCUUUCCCCAGAAUCUCCUCUUCACCCGCAACAGCCACAUGCUUUCUUAGAGGACCUGAGCUCAAGAAGUGAUGACUCUUCAGCCAGCUCUGCAUCACCAACAUCCAGCAUGACCGCUGAGUUCGAGGGAACCCAGAAUUCCAAGCUUGAUCUCCCCACCACUCAGGAGGAAUCAAAAGGAAUUGAUUGCAGGUGUCCUGUGGAUAAUAUCAGUGGACUGGAAGAGGUCCUUUCUGGAGCAGGGCAGUGCUGAGAUUCGACGGAAACAGAAGGGAGUCACUACCCGGCUAAGUCGACGACGCAUCUCCUGCCAGGAACUGGGACAGGUGGACUGUGACGGUUGGCUCUUAAAAAAGAAGGACCACGUGGGCUUCAUGGCCCAGAAAUGGAAACGGUUUUGGUUUGUGUUGAAAGGACACAACCUUUACUGGUACAGCCACCCCAACGAUGAGAAGGCUGUGGGAUUGAUCAACGUGUCUGCCUACAGAUUGGAGAGCACCAAGGAACAGAAGAAGAAAUAUGUUUUCCAAUUCACCCAUGAGAAGUACAAGCCCUUCAUCUUUGCAGCAGAAACCCUGGCUGAUCUGAGCAUGUGGGUCAGUCGUUUGAUCACAUCAAUGACUAAAUAUACAGUGUCCCGUAAAUCUGGACCAUCUAACCAAGAAGAUUGCUACAGCGAAACAGAAGCAGAAGAUCACGAGGAUGACUCUCCUAGGCAUAGUUUUGAUCAGACAAAGCAGAAGGAAUUGGAGAAGGCUCAGUUGCCAUCAGGGGCUACGGGGAAUAGCCAAAACCUGGGAAGCCCACUUUUCCAGGACAAUGUAGAUGAGAAAACAGCAUCUCCCUCUUCUCCAGAUCCAGCAGAAGAAGAACUUCAGUCCCUGAUCAAGUGUCUGAAACAAGGAGGAGUAUCACUUAUUGGGAAACAGCAGGUGUUCACCCGUGAAUAUUAUCGGAAAUCGUUUGUCAAACGUAACAAGAAUCCAGAGAUCAACGAGAAAGUACAUCUGAUUCGGACACUUCAAAGCACACUCAAGGCCAAAACUGCUGAGCUCCAAUUACUUGAUAUUCUACUGGAGGACACCGAAUUGAACUCUGAGAAAUUCACGAGCUGGAAAGAACAACAUCAGGAGUUAUACCAGGAAAUACAAAUGUGGCGGGCUAAAAAGCUGGACCAAGACAAUGGCUCAAUAGAUUCAAGUUUCGACCUCCACUUGGAGGCAGCUGCAGGUCCGUAGCAUUUGGGGGACCUCUGGCCUGUGAGCUAAAACCUCCUUCCCCCAGUUCGACUUACACAGCACCAGACACAAGUGCAGUUUUGUCAUUUCUAAAAUUUUGGAUGUUUUACGACAAGCUUCAUCUUUAUAAGGCAUUGGAUUGAUCUAAAAGUUUUAUCCAGGCAGCAACAAUGGCUCCAAAUGAUUCUCUCAUUUUAGAGAGAUGGAUUACAAAGAUGGUGACAAUUGAGAAAGGAUUGUUGGAUUUUUACAUAACGAUGGACAUUUCCUGACUGCAAAUUAGAAGACCAACGAAGGAUAAAGUGGCUUUUGGUGCCUAAGCACCUGGGAAAGAGCUGGCAUUGACUAGCAUAGACUUUGUGUUUUUCAGAUUUCUUCAAAACAAGCCAUUUCCUCCAGCAUCUUUCAAAAGGAAACAUUUAGCAACCAAGAGACAUCUGAGUAAACCAGUUUGUGGUUUUCAAUAAUGAUAGUUUAUAUUGAAAACCAGUUUGCAUUCGAAGCGGGAUACUGUAAACAUGUAAGAAAUUAGUUAUAUAAAUAAAUGUUACAAUAUGUUUCUAAAGAUA